UAAUCCACAUCGCCCCCUAGCGAAAAUAAUGUACAAACCACUGGCACUGAGUUUUAUGUUUUUGUUAAUACUGAUCUAUAGUCAAUCAUUUUGAAGUCGCCUACAUAAUCAAAUGCGGAAAUGAAUUCAAGAUGUGUCCAUUCUUGCAAGUCCAUUUAUUUAACUUACCGAAUUUCCGGAGGCGUGGUCUUCACCAUCUUUGAUUUCAGUAGCACCAUUUUCGGGAGGAAGCGCUAUCAAUUUAUAAAACUUAACUAGUAGCUACAUAUUCGUGUUUGUAGGAUACCCCCCGAAAAUAAACCACCAAUAUGUUCAACAGGAUGACAAGCCUUUGGAUGGGUGAUCUGGACCCAUACAUGGAUGAGAAUUUCAUCAAACAAGCCUUCAGCACUAUGGGCGAGACGGCGUAUGGUGUUAAGAUCAUUACCCACAGAGUAACAGGUGGUUCAGCGGGCUAUUGCUUUGUGGAAAUGGCAGACGAAACCAGCGUUGACCGAUGCGUUCACCAACUGAAUGGGAAGCUAGUUCCUGGAUCAAAUCCGGAACUAACUGACGAAUGGAAUAAAGCCUGUUCUGGGUGGUGGAGGUAUGUAAACCAAAUAAAAUGUUAUUCUCUAAUAAUAUACUCUUUAUUUUCCAGCAAUAUAUGUCCUUACUACACGCGUUUGUCUUUGAAGGUGCUUGACUGCUUGUUCUUUCUUCCUGUACAGCCCAGAAAGUUUAAGUUAAACUAUGCAACUUACGGGAAACGGCCAGAGGCUGGCCCGGAAUUUUCAGUUUUUGUGGGAGAUCUGUCUUCAGAGGUGGACGACUACCAGCUUCAUCAGUUCUUCUUGAAGAAGUACCCUUCCUGCAAAGGAGGCAAAGUGGUCUCUGAUCAGUAUGGUAACUCCAGAGGUUAUGGCUUCAUCAAGUUUGAAGAUGAGAACGAACAGAAGAAAGCCAUCGAUGAGUGUCAGAAUGCUUCAGGCCUGGGGACGAAACCAAUCAGGAUCAGCAUAGCUGUGAACAAGAGCCAUAAAAUGAACAGCUAUAACAACCAGAACCACAACUCCUACCACAACAAUUACCAACAGCCAUACUAUCAACAACCCAACCAGAACUACUACCCUCAGUGGGGCUAUGACCAGUACAACAGCUACAACUAUGGUGGGUACGGUCCCUACGGGGGGUACCCCCCUCCAGGCCCCCAUGGGAUGAUGGGACCCCCACCUCCCAUCGGCAUGCCCCCCAUGCCCACAGACAUGCAGACUUCCUCAGAUCAAACACAGGAGUCCACAGAUGAGCCUGAAGAAGAGGCAGCAGAAGAACCCAAUCCUCACCUGGAUGUGGAUGCACUGAACAAAGAAUACAUGGAGAGGAGUGAGGAGCUCUAUGAUUCACUAAUGAACUGUCACUGGCAGCCACUGGAUACCAUCACUUCAAAAAUCCCUCACUUUUCCACUUCCUGAUCUGUUUUAACUUGUCCUAUGAAUUUAGUAUGAAGUGUAUUUUCUCCAAAAGAGCAGUCAUAGAAAAUGUCAGCGUUGUUUAAAAAAAAAAAUCACCAGUAGAGACACAUUAUGUUUCUGAGCUACAUUAUUGGCCAUUUGUAUAUAUUGUCCAUGUCCUUUUGUCUUUGUUUUUUGCCAAUUUUUUUCUGUCUCUAGAAUAUUAUAAUUAUUUGAUUUUUUUUAGACAACUUGAUUCUUCCAUUUAAAUUUGAUUAUAUCAAGUAAUCAAUGUUCGUCAUCUCCCAGACACUUUGUUUGUAUUUAACACUGUUUUGGGUACCAUCUUGUCUUCAGAAAGAAAAUGUAAAGAAAUAUUGGUGUAAGUCUAUUUUUCAAAAAUGAGAAACUUACAUUUAAGCUUGUAUUUCAAAAGCUU